ACUUCACACAGCACACACAAUGCCGCGCACUUACGUCAAGGCUGUCCACGUUGGCUACAAGCGGUCCAAGGUUGUCCACUACCCGCACACCUCGCUCCUCAAGCUUGAGGGCUGCAACACCCGCAAGGCCACCAACUUCUACGUUGGCAAGCGCGUCGCGUACGUCUACAAGGGCGAGAAGAAGGACCUCAAGGGCUCGACCACCCGCUACAUCUGGGGCAAGAUCACCCGCCCGCACGGCAACUCUGGCCUUGUCCGCGCCAAGUUCAAGCGCAACCUCCCGCCCCGCUCGUUCGGCGCCCCCGUCCGCGUCAUGCUCUUCCCGUCGAACAUCUGAGUAAAGUCCAACGGAAUCAAGAGAUCCCACGCACGCAA